GCCGCGAGAACAAAGGCGAGGGGCGCCCGGGGGCCCGGAGCGGAGCGGAGCAGAGCGGCCGUGCUCGGCCUCAGCGCCUCUCCGCCUCCACGGGGCCGCUUUCCGGCCUGGCUCCCCUCCGUCCCCCGGACCAGGCGUCGAUGGGAAGGCCGGCGGGAGCGCGGCGGAGGCGGAGGCCCAGCAGCAGCAGCACCAGCAGCAGCCCGGUGGCUUCCGAGGAGCCAGCGCCGGCCUGGGGAGGGUAGGCAGGGGCGAGCGGACCGGAGGUGGCUCCAGAUCCGGCACGAGGGUGGGAUCCGCGAGGGUUCGGCCCCGGACGGAAAAGCCCCGCGCAUUGCUCCGCGGACGGCGCAGAGGGCGCGCUGCCUGAGCCGGGACCGACGGGGGUCUCCCAACGUGGCGCCGGGGCAGGCAGGCAGGCCAAGCCGCGGGACCUCUCCGAUCCUGGGCCCGUUAGCUGCUGCUCCAUAUAUGGCUGCUGCGAGCGACCGGCUCUGGAGGCCCCUCCGCUGUUGCCCGCUGCUGCCUUAAGCGCCUUCCCGGGCCGUCAUGAACUGCCUGCCGCAGGCCUCGCAAGACAGCCUGGCAGGGAACGUCUGCGCCAUCGAGGGGCUCCCGCCGCUGCCCAAAGGGCUCAGCGGGAUCCUCAACUCGAGCGGGGGAUCCUGGCGGGAGAUCGAGAAAGUGUACAGCAAGAAGACGCGCAUCCAGGACGACCUCAGCAAGUCCCAGGCCUCGUCGGAGAAGCGGCUGCUCCGGAGCAAACCGGCCAACCUCGACUCAGCCCUGGCCGUGCUGCGCAAGGAGAUGGUGGGACUCCGGCAACUGGACAUGUCCCUUUUGUGUCAGCUGUGGUCCUUGUACGAGUCGAUUCAGGAGUACAAAGGUCUCUUUCAGGAUAUGUCAUCCUCGCUGCAUUCGGAGGGCAGUCUGGCUGCUGAAAACGGCUUCUCAGAUGAGGAGGAAGACUUCGAGGUGGAUAUGUCCAGCCCAGAUGGGCAUAAGGAGAAUGCCUUGGGGCAGCGACUCCAUCUUCUGCAGCCCCAGAACUCUCGGGACCAGUGGCUGCAGGACUCCUUCCAUAUCACCAUCUGAACGGGCCUCUGCCACGAAAUUGCCUUUCCCUGUGACGUGGGAGAAACUCUGACAACAUAUUAGGAUUUUUUUUUUGGUAGGGUUGGGGAACAAGGCAUGUAAACACAGGCAAAUUGUGACAGGUUUGGAAACUGUCCCUGAACACAGCUGUAGGAUUUGCACUUAACAAGCAUUAGUUUAGUGUUUUAUUACCACUGGAUAGAUCCCAUGGGAUUUCACUGGUAAUUCUUUUGUGAAAGAAAGUGAGUCCAGUAUGACCUGUCCCCCAGGGCAUAGAUAAUUGCCUAGAGUGUCAAUAGGCUAGCUAGGGGGCAAGGAAAACUGAACAGCUGUAGAAGGAGUCCUAACUUAGCAUUCUGAAAACACUAGCAGACAGAUUUCUUUGUCUUAUCAUUUUUUUAGGGUGGGGCGGAGUUGGCUGUCCCCUGCUUCCUUGAAAGUUGGAGGAUGUGCCCUGGGUAUGCAUGAACCUCUCCUGGUAACUGGGAAGCUAAUAUAUUUGAGGAAACAAUUUUGGCCGAUCUGGCCAUGACUCUGGCUCCCUGCUUGUUUAUGAGGAAUGGAUCUCACAUUGCUAUGCUCCAUCUUCUCACAGGUUGUCCCGAUUCCUUCAGGUCCUUUUAUUGAUGAGGCUGGGGCAGCUCAGAAUCCCUCUCUACCAACCCUGAUUAGCUUGCUCCCUGUUUGUUCCCCCAACCUAUUCCCUCAGCUUUGGAGAGCCUGAGCUCAUUUCCCCUUUCCUUCUCUCCUGUCCCUUCUGCUGGAAACAUCCAGGGACAGUGUACCGGAUAGGAAUUGCUGUGCACGAAGCUUAUUUGCUAGAUUUUUCUAGGCAGAGUUGCAUUGGCUGGAUUAAUUAUUAGUGCCUCGGCCACAUUUCCCAAAAGUGGCCUCUUUUAAAAUAUUUAACUAUACGUGAACUUAAGCCUUCGACAAUACAUUAUUAUUAUUAUUAUUUUCAAGCCUCAAAAUAUGAGGUUUGAGAUUGGGAGAGGGGAAACCCUUCCUGUUCUCUCCCUCCUAUUUGUAACUGGGUACAAACCUUAAAUGCCUAACUUAAUAUAUUGGUUGUGAUGGGGCAUUUUGCCAGUGGGAAUCUCGGGAAUAAAAUGCCCCAGCCUCUUAACAAA